GCGACGAUUUGACCCAAGUUACUGUGUGCGAGGACUCGGAGACAACACCAAGCAUGGCUCAUCUUGUGCGUAAAUAACACCAACUCCGACUGUGCCAAAAUACGCACGACCUCGCCACAUACGGACACAUGUUGGAGACGGACCACGGUCAUGGAGGGUCUACAAGCCGAUCGCCCCGGACUGGACAUCGAGGAGGAGGAGGAGAAGUACCGCGCUCUCGCUUUGGACACGGCUCUGAGCACUCUGGCGGCGGUGCUCGUAUACGUGGUGGUCAAAGUGAGUCUGGACGGCAUCCGGCAGUGGCGAGCACGCGUGUCGGUGCUGAUCGUGGGCUCGGGACCCGUGGGGCUCACCGCUGCCCUGGUCGCUGUCCGCUCGGGGAAGGUGCUGAAGCUGACGGUGCUGGAUGAGAGGUACCGGAGCUCGCUGCUGUGCCGGCCCCAGCAGAUCGCCCUGGACCCCCGCAGCGUGAGGUUCCUGCUCGGGCUUGGGGUGGACUUCGAUAACAUGGAGGGCUGUUGGCACAACGAACACUUCUUCACCCGAAUAGGGGUGUUUCAGGAGUACCUGCUGAGCAUCCUGGAGCAGAGGAAGCAUAAGGUGGACGUAAAGGUGCAGCUCGGGACCAAGUUCUCUGAGGAGUAUGUGCGUCGCCUCCCCUCCGCAGACUGGCCGCGGGUCAUCGUGGUGGCUGAUGGGUCAUGUGGAGACUCCUGCUCUGUGCUGGGUCUAAGCUCAGACUACACCGUGGAGUCGUGCCAGGCCUAUGGAGCUAACGCCACUAUAGAGAGGCUGGACCAAAGACAGGUGCCCACCCCUGAGAUCCGUGCUCACAGCCUGUUCUUCGACCUGUCUGCAUAUGGUGUGGAGGCCCUCAGAGAACACAAGAACCCCUCAGCCAAGCCAGGGUUCCACCUCAAGAUCUACGGAACCUUCAGGAACCGCUACAUGGCCCUGGUCUGCCCGGCUUCUGACACUAAGAUGGUCCGCUUCCUCCGCCACACCGCCAACGCCUCUAUCAUGAAGAACAUUUUCCACCAGUCGUUUAACGUGUACAAGACAGACAUCGAGCCACGUCUGAGUGAGGUGACCCUGCAUCAGCUCCAGUGCUCCAGACGUCUGUUUGAAGUGCAGCUGUCCCACCGCACCGUCAGCGCUGCCUACAUCGCUGGGGACAACGUGGCCGUCGUCGUGGAGGGGGAGGCGGCCCGUGUGCUCAACUUUGAUACAGGUUGUGGGGUGAACCUGGGCAUGCGUGGUCUGGAGUCUUUGGGCACCUUCAUCUAUGGCAUGGCUACAGCAGUGGACCAGAGCGAUGUGCUGGAGGCGCUGUCGGCCAAAAUGAGCCACUCCAAACAAGUGGUUCAGGACUUUAAACGCACAGGGCUGUCUGAGGCCAUGUACCACUGACUGCUGCCCUCUAGUGGAGCUUCUGUGUACUAAUGUGCCAUCAGUGUCUGUAGCUAUUUACUUCAGAGAAGGUCAAAAGCUGGACAAAAAUCAAGUGACCAAAAAAUAAAUAUAAAAUAAAUAUAUUAUAUAAAUAAAAUAAAAAUUAUCUGAUGAUAUUGUUAUUAUUGUAUUUAAAGUGACAGUAUGUAGCUUUCUGGAGGUGGAAAUUAAAAGUUAAAACCAUACUUCAAAAUAUUUCCAUGGAGAUUCGUUUUACACACACUAUGGAAGGUUAUAGCCAAAGGAACAACAUCUUCAUGGAAACAAACAGGAGGAGGCCCUCUUCCAGGCCAAAUAAGAGCCAGGUUUGUGGAGAUGCAAGCCUGCUCAUGCAUGUUUUUCUAUGUUUUUCAGUGUAAUAAAAACACCCAUUAUG